CUAACAAAAUCAAACGGUCAAAAACUCAAUCUUUUUUAAUUUCCACGAAGAAGUCUUUCAUUUUCAGCAAGUAUGAAUAAGAUCACCUAAAACUAUCAACCGUCUCUAAACGUGCCACUGCAUCGAAUCUCACUUUCACCCUCCCCCCUUUAAUCUUUCUCUCUGCAAAUUUCCAUUUAAUAUCUCUCUUUUGAAAACACCAGUUUCAUUUUCUCCAUAACCCUUUUUUGGAUUCAUUGAUCCAAGAUAAUACCUUGAUAAUUAGAUGAAAUCAAAUCAAUGAAACCCUAGGAACCAUUUCAUUUCAUUUUUAUUUAUUUUUUGGUUUUUUUUGAGGUGGUAUAGGUUUAGUUACAAUGGGUUUUGAAUUGGGGCAUCCAGAAAAUUUACAGAAUCCGAGAUUUAUUGCGACAUGUUUAGUAGGUGGGAUUGUUAUUGGGGUAUCUGUGUUAGGGUUCUAUUGUGGCUAUCCAUUACCUUCACUGGGUAUUAUUAGGAGGAAGAAAAAGAGACCUGUGAGAGUUUAUAUGGAUGGUUGUUUUGAUAUGAUGCAUUAUGGUCAUUGUAAUGCUUUACGUCAAGCUCGUGCCCUAGGUGAUGAAUUGGUUGUUGGUGUUGUUAGUGAUGCUGAAAUUAUUGCUAAUAAAGGUCCUCCUGUUACUCCCCUUCAUGAGAGGAUGAUCAUGGUUAGUGCUGUCAAAUGGGUGGAUGAAGUCAUUCCUGAUGCCCCUUAUGCAAUUACUGAAGAAUUUAUGAAAAGACUAUUUACUGAGUAUAACAUAGACUACAUCAUUCAUGGAGAUGAUCCUUGCCUUCUUCCUGAUGGAACUGAUGCUUAUGCGCUUGCUAAGAAGGCAGGUCGUUAUAAGCAGAUCAAGCGCACUGAAGGAGUGUCAAGCACGGACAUUGUUGGUCGUAUGCUUCUUUGUGUUAGAGAGAGAUCUGUUAGUGAUACUCAUAACCGUUCGUCCCUACAAAGGCAAUUCAGCCACGGGAAAAGUCAAAAGUUUGAAGAUGGUGUAUCUGGCAUCACCCGAGUUUCCGAAUUCUUACCAACAUCUCGCAGGAUUGUGCAAUUCUCGAAUGGAAAGGGGCCAGGUCCAGAUGCUCGUAUAGUUUAUAUAGAUGGUGCAUUUGAUCUUUUCCAUGCUGGGCAUGUAGAGAUACUAAGGAUUGCUCGUGGGCUUGGAGAUUUUCUACUUGUCGGAAUUCACACCGAUCAAACAGUCAGUGAGCAUAGAGGAGCACAUCGUCCGAUAAUGAAUCUUCAUGAGAGAAGCCUGAGUGUUUUGGCUUGCAGAUACGUAGAUGAGGUGAUUAUUGGCGCUCCAUGGGAAGUAUCAAAAGAUAUGAUUACAACCUUUAACAUCUCAUUAGUUGUCCACGGCACAAUUGCGGAGAAUAAGGAUAUUGAGAAGGGGACUAGCAAUCCAUAUGUUAUUCCGACAAGUAUGGGUGUCUUUCAGUUACUUGAAAGCCCUUUGGAAAUCACAACUAGCACAAUAAUUAAAAGGAUCGUGUCAAAUCAUGAGGCAUAUCAGAUACGUAAUGAGAAGAAGGCAGCGAGUGAGAAGAGGUACUAUGAAGGUAAGACACAUGUGACUGGUGACUGACUUUAAAGGCGACCCAGAUAGACUUGCCUUUUGUUUUGGGCCUCGGCAGGUAACCCCACUACGGCAGCUGGGGGUUACUUUGUAGGAUUUUCUCGUUCCUGGCCAGCACAGCAGCAGUUGAGGAUAUAGAGAGUUAUAGUAGAAUAUGAGUCCAUUGAAGCCUUUUCCUUCCAACAUGUACUUAAAUCUUUCUCCAAGAUUGUUGGUUGUGUUAAUUUUGUUUCUUAGAUUAGUAUUUUUGUACUGCCCCAACUUUUUUUAUCUAUUUUAAACUUACUGUCACUGUAAACUUUCUAUGAGCACAAGUGGGAGAGUAGUAAUGCAAAAACACACGAUAUUUAUAAAUAAUUUUUUGAGUUCCCUUUUUCAA